CCUAGAAGUCUUUUGCCUUUACCCGCUAUAUUUCGAAGUCCUGAGUGACCUUGGGGAAGUAGCACAUAUAGGCAACUGGAGAUGUCAGACGAUGUUAAACUUUCUACCGAGCUUAACAAAAUCGUUUUGUCGGAAAAAUGUCAUAGUGAAAAUAAAUUUCAGCCAAUUGAACCUCUAUUCACAGAUACGCAAAAUGGAAUCACUUUUCGGCAGUAUAUUGGCGAAUCAGAUCUAAACAGUAUUAUCCAUCUCAUUGCUAACGAUCUCUCCGAACCUUAUUCCUUAUAUACUUAUCGAUAUUUUAUAUACAACUGGCCCAAACUGUGUUUAUUGGCUGUUAGUGAAGACGGAACUUGUGUGGGCACAAUUGUUUGUAAAAUGGAAGGUGGUGAAGAAACUGUUCGAAAAGGAUAUAUAGCUAUGCUUGCUGUUGAAGAAAAUCACCGUAGAAUUGGCAUUGGAUCACGAUUGGCUCAACUUGCAAUCGAACUUAUGAUUCAAGAUAGGUGUGAUGAAAUCUCUUUAGAAGCAGAAGUUGACAACAAAGCAGCCCUUUCACUUUAUGAGCAGCUGGGAUUCUACAGAGAUAAAAGGCUUCUUCGUUAUUAUUUAAAUGGAAGAGAUGCUUUUCGGCUAAAAUUGUGGCUUACGCCACGUAUGACCAAUGGUCUUUUAUAGUUUCAUUAUUCACUUAUUAUGUAUUUGACUUAUUAGUCAUUGUAAAUACUUGCUUUAUUUUCGUUAAACUUGUGGAAUUUAGUUUCUUGGUUUACGUUCACUAAAAUUUCGUCCGCCAAGAGAUAUCAUAUAACAUGUAAACUGAAUGUUCAUUUCAUUCUUUAAAAUACAUAGUAAUCCUGAUC